CUUUUCAUUAAUACCCUGGCCUUGUUAACUCCGGGUUGGUCCGAGCGGGACCGUGAAAGCCUCCGCGGGGCUCCGUGGAACUGCCCCGAGCCGCGCGCGCUCAUGGAGGGAGACAUCAUGGACAAACUCGAGGACAUGGCUUCGGUCUACGAGUUCGACCCGCUGACGGGGAACAUCCCCGCAACCAAAGUGGAGAUCACAGUUUCAUGCAGGAAUCUUUUAGACAGAGACACGUUCUCCAAAUCUGAUCCAUUGUGCGUCUUUUACACUCAGGGUGCGGAGACCAAGCAGUGGAGAGAGUUUGGAAGAACGGAGGUGAUCGACAACACGCUAAAUCCGGACUUUGUCAGGAAGUACAUCCUGGACUACUUCUUUGAGGAGAAGCAGAACCUGCGCUUUGAUUUAUAUGAUGUUGACUCUAAAAGUCCUGAUCUUUCCAAACACGACUUUCUUGGACAGAUGUUCUGCACGCUCGGCGAAAUUGUGGGGUCGCCGGCCAGCCGACUAGAGAAACCUCUUGGGGGCAUACCGGGAAAGAACUGCGGCACAAUCAUCUUAUCUGCUGAAGAACUGGGGAACUGCAGGGCAGAAAUGAGUUUUAAGCAGAUGCCUGCAAUUUACUCUGUGACCUUCAAUUAA